AUUAUCGGGUAGUAUUGAUUUUACUGGUAAUUAAUGGUCGUGAAUAAUGCAGGUACUAUUUUCAUUUACUGUUAUUUAUUACAACCACCUGCCAUUCCAGGCUAUCAAUUGAGACUUGCGAUAAGUGCGGUACACCCCAUUGAGUCAUUCGACUCGCUUUUCUCCCACCCUGGUAGAAUUUAAGGAGUUGCUAGCGUUUUUUUGCAACGACAAUUUACAUCAGAAUAAGUAAAGUAGACGUCGAUUGUUCAGCAGACUUUAAUGUCUACUCACACCUCCACAUUGAUAAUAUGCAAACUGAAUACUCACGGAAUUUUCAUACAGCUAUAAUUGUUCACUUGGAGUAAUUGUAGGCUUUAGGAAUUAUUGAGUAAUCCUGUAAUUACCACAUGAUCCAUACCUACUUGGAUCAAAACCUUCCAGUAUUUUUCAAAUGGUUCAUAGUAUCCAGAAGCUUUGGCUUUGCAAGAAGCGUGGUUGAUAUCAAGCGUAGUCCUCGUAUAAGUUUUUUAUUAACCGGAUUUGAUCUAGUGUGAAAGAGCUGAGCAAUGUCAGCAUUUAGACCAGUACGGAUUGCUCCUAGCUUUGGGAUGCAUGGUUUGAUACAUUUGGGCCAGACAGGUCCGGGUAUGAAUAUGUUUACGGACCAGCUUGGUGACAAGAAAAAAAAGCUUUCCCCACCCAUGCGUAUAGCAGUUGACGCAUUUAAAAAAAACGAUAACGAAGAACAAGAUGUUGUUUACGAUAACAUGAUGCCCGUUGUUAUGGUAGUUCGGGUACUGGGCGCUCUUCCCAUAAUAAGACCACAUAUAGGUAUCACCAAGUUCAAAUUGGCCACAAACUCUAUGAUUUAUUCAAUAUUAAUUUACAUAGCUUUAUCAGCUCACAUACUCUAUGUUGUAUGGAAUCGAGUGAAAAUCAUACAAGCGGUACAGGGGAAAUUCGAAGAAGCCGUCAUAGCAUAUCUGUUUGUGGUCUAUCUAGCUCCUCAUUUGCUUAUACCGGUCUUUUGGUACGAAACUAAGAGAACAGCUAAUUGCUUCAACCAUUGGAUGGAUUUUCAGAUAUUUUACACACGGGUAACGACACGCAGACUUCCAAUUAAUUUGAGACUUCGAGCAAUAUGGAUUGCUAUUGCAGUUCCUAUAAUAUCAGCUUCUUGCGUAUUUUCAACUCAAAUGACAAUGGACAAUUUUGCUAUGUGGCAGGUCCUUCCCUACAUAUAUGUGACAACUUUUAUAAACAUGUUGGGAGCCUAUUGGUACAUGCACUGUGCCACUAUAUCAACAUGUGCAAAUAUACUUGCUCAAGAUUUCAAACACGCAAUUAGAUUGAAUGUCCAAGCCGAUAUAGUAGCAGACUAUCGUGCACUGUGGCUUCAUCUGAACAGAAUUACAAGGGAAAUAGGUGUUGCGACUUGUUAUUGCUUCACAGUUCUUUGCGUGUACCUUUUUUUCUCUUCUACCUUGUCGAUUUAUGGUUUGUUUUCACAACUGAAAGAUGGGAUUACCAUCAAAGAUAUCGGUCUCACAGUAUCAGCUUGUUCGAGUAUUGCUUUGUUGCAUGUAAUAUGCGACCAAGCACACUCUGCCUCUCAGCACGUGAGGGUUCAUUUUCAGAAAAAAUUAUUACUAGUUGAACUAUCGGAUCUCAAUGAGGACGCUCAAACAGAGAUAAACAUGUUUCUCCGAGCAACGGAAAUGAAUCCUUCCGACAUUAGCUUGGGGGGCUUUUUUGAUGUGAAUCGCAACUUAUUCAAAUCGUUUCUAGGAACAAUGGUGACAUAUCUUGUUGUCUUGCUACAAUUUCAAAUCAGUCUACCUGAGGCUAGCAACUCCUACAAUGCAACAUAUUAUUGAUCCAGCUGUUGAUGCUCAUAUAUUAAGAGUUGGAGAGAUGGUAGGUGGAGAAAUAUCAUUUUUCAAGCGCAGUUAUUACAAGUAGAAUAUCAUAUGGCAUGUAUAUUAGUUGAAUAAAAGGAUUACAAUUUGUAAUAAACAUAUUGUAGACAUUGAA